AUGUCCUCACAGCCAUAUAGUCUUCGAAGCAGGCUGAACAACCAGUCCCCCUCCCUCCGCUCGAGCCCGCUCCCUUCACCCAUCCCUAAAGCCGGUUUCGGACUACCUCGCAAAGCCCGCUCUACAGACUAUGCGUUACAACUGCAGAGGGUGAUUGGGACAACCACGAAUGGUCCCAGUGGGCUGGCAUGCUGUCCCAAGACCAGCUCGUACGCCUAUUGUGCGGGCGCAGUAGCCGUGUUGGCGAGGCUUGGUUUGGACCAUACACCUGCACUCCGAUAUUUCAAAGCUCGACCGACUGCGGGCUCACUGAACCCUCCGACUUCUCAUUAUGAAAGCUCGCCGGCUACCACGCCGUCCAGGAGGAGGAUCAGCACAUUUACUCCUCGAAAAGGACUGGAGGAUUAUACCGGUGGCUCCGCCGCCCGCGAGUGGGUAGACGAGUCAUCAGGGCAGACUUGGACAGCAAGGGAGCGCAUCAAAACCGCAGCCUGUGUGGCUCUGAGCCGUGAUGGCCACUGGCUUGCAGUAGGGGAGGCUGGAUACAACCCUCGGGUUCUGCUGUUUUCAACAGCUGACGAAGCGUCCUGUGAGGUACCCACUUCCAUCAUCACGGAUCAUACGUACGGCCUGAGGUGCAUAGCUUUUAGCUCUGACACGAAGCAUUUGGCCACCCUGGGCGACUACAAGGAUGGAUUCUUGUUUGUCUGGUCCUGUAAUGCCAAAACCGGCCAGCUGAGUUUGCAUUCGGCGAACAAGUGCACUGCCAACAUUUUUGAUAUGACCUGGUGUGGCAACCAUGUCAUAACCGUCGGAACGAGGUGUGUUCGACUCUGGCAGAUACAAGGCGCGCGAAAACAGUCGUCUACCAGGAGAUUGCGGUACCGCGCGUCCGAAGCACCUCCGUCAAGCCCCGGACCAGUACCAUUGCAAAGCCGCAAUGUUCUGCUGGGGCCAAUGGUGGACAGCACAUUUACAUGUGUCGUAUCGAUCGAUGAAAUCAACGUCGUGAUUGGCACAGAAACUGGACAGAUUUGUUUGGUCGACAUCUCUCAGAACGUGCUGGAGCUCAAAGUUUUGCGGAAAUUGGACUUCUGCAUCACUUCCCUCGCCUUUGUCCCGGAAGAUAGGAGACUGUUGGUGGGGACACCUCAUGGCGUCCACAGCGAGAAUUUUGACCUUCUACGGAAAGAGGAGAAUAAAUCACCUUCCAAGCUCUCGUCGCGGAAACCUCGCUUGUCAUCCAUACGCCGCUCGCUCGGCUUGCUUGACCAAGCGGAAAGAAGUUUGGUGGCGAUAGGAUCCCUCACUGACCACACGAUUACUCUCAACAACGAUGGUUGUCUGCAAAUCCAACGUCGUGGUUCCGAGAAUGGGGAUAAACCUCAACCCACAUUUGCAGCUCAUAAAAGUGUCAUUCUAGGAGUUCAGACACUUCCAGACUCUGCUGCUCAAGGCAAUUUCUUCACCUACUCAAAGAAUGGAGAAAUCAAAUUCUGGAGUUCCAAUGGCACACUCUUGAAGCAAGAGAAUCUGCAGCCUGACGUGGCCGAGUCACGAGACGACGAGUUCGAGAAUGAGCUGACCCAGAUGCGUUUUCUCUCCCCUCAUGAUAUUUUCAUUGCUGGCGAUCGUUUUGGCUUGUUGAAACUGAUCAAGAGCCGCGAUUGGCAAAUUGCACAUACCAUCAGGGCGCACAGCGCAGAGAUCACCUCGAUCGACAUUCUCGAGACUGCAUCGCUUGUUGCGACAUGCAGCAGAGAUCGGAUGAUACAAUUAUUUCACGUCAACGCCGAUUCCUUUGAGCUUCUACAGACGAUGGAUGACCACGUUGGAUCCGUCAAUCAAGUCAUGUUCAUCCAGGAUGGGCAGAAAUUACUGUCUUGUUCCACAGACCGGUCUCUGAUCAUUCGCGAGCGGAUGCUCCGACAGCCGGAGGGAGCGAAAGCCGUGGCCUAUCUCUCCACCAAGGUGUUGACACUUAAAGGCACCCCGUUGUCGAUGGCGAUGGCAGCGCACAACACCUUGUUCGUAUCGACCAUGGACCGUCGUGUCACAACUGUCGAUAUCUCUACUGGCACCUUGCUCGAGUCCUUCAAGGUCGGAGAUGCAGACAGCGAUGACACGGUGUUUUUGAAUGCCAUGGUCAGCUCCUCGAUCCCGGACAGUGCGGAUCAAAAGAUGCUGAUCGGAUACUGCUCUAUGGACAAAUCUAUCCGAGUCUACAGUGAAAGGAAUUUCAGCCUGCUGGCCCGGGAAUCUGGACACACAGAGGGAGUGAGUGAUAUCGCUCUCCUCGAACAACCCGACAACUCGAGUCCUGGUUCUCGAUGUACGGUCAUAACUACUGGGUUGGACGGCACUAUCAUGAUCUGGAGCAUCUCAAAGAUAACACCCUUGUUACUGACACCGACCCUCCUUCAGGGCCAAGCUAUAGGCUUGGGGUUGGCGGCUGACGAGACUGAAGUGGCCAAACCCACGCCUUCGUCACUCCCGCCACUGAGAAGGGUUUUGACGAAGAGUGACAUAACAGAACUUCUAGGGGCGAAUGGGCAAGCGUCACCCUCGACUCCUCGAUCUCUCUCGCCAGUGAGAUUACAACGCAAGACAUCGAGACUUGCUCUUGCGACGUCCCUGGAAGACCUUGAAGAAACGCCAACGAGGAGAUCUGGGCACCCUGGUGAGCACAAUGAUUCACAAAGUGGUGAUAAAGCAGAGAUUCGACGUUCACCCUCUCCACCGCCACGAGUGGCACCAAGGUUGAGGAGUCAAAAGUCUCGAGCAGACAUCAAUAAGGACCUCGAGUCGAGGAGGACGCCAUUGGCAGAGCGCUCACCGUCGCCACCGGCAACAGCUGCCUCGAUGCCGUCCACGCCUAAACAACGGCAAAAGGCCAAUAACGGUCGAUUGCGAAGACCGCCGUCGAUUCCAUCUGACCUGCGGGCUCAAGCUGCAGCACAAGGACGUCGACAGAGUAUGAGCCAAGCAUCCGAGUUUGGAAGUUUGGCCAUGGCAACCGACCAGGCGACGCGAAUGCUAAAAAUAUAUAAGAAGAAGCUGACCAUCAGUAAAGAAGUGGUGGAUCUGAACGACUUGGAGUUGGAACUUUCUGGGUUGUUGAAAAAUGUCCAGGAGAGGAAGAACAGAACGGGGCAACAGCAAGACCCCAAAGCGGCAAGUAGCAGCGAAAAGGGUAAAGCUGCCACCGAGAGCGAGAUUGACCAAUUGGCCAUUUUGAUGGGGGCAUCAAGCUUGACUCAAUCUCCAACAACAGCCACAACCAGCAAGGAUACGCUGGCGUCGGAGGCAUGA